CAGAAAUAAAGACUUGGUUGUCCUAUUAAUGAGCCGAUAAAACGCAAGUCUGCAGAUUGAUCUACAAGCAAAAGAAGAUCCCACGCAUACCGAACAGGCAUUGAUUUCCGCGAAGCUGCAGAAAAGACAUUCUUGAAUAGAAGAGAGACUUGAACCACUGAGACGGAAAUGACGACAGACAUGGAAACUCAGAAUGAAUAUGAUGAGAAUGGACUUCCCGGUCCCGGUGCGCCUACUCCACUUUCAUCCUUGGAGGGUGUUGCUGGUUUAACGGGUAGAGACAUCAAGUUGUUCGUUGAUGCUGGCUACUAUACGGUUGAGUCAAUUGCCUAUACUCCAAAGAGACUUUUGGAGCAAAUCAAGGGUAUCUCGGAGCAGAAGGCCACUAAGAUCUUAGUCGAAGCCGCGAAGCUUGUUCCGAUGGGUUUCACGACAGCCACCGAAAUGCACGCACGACGAAGCGAACUCAUCUCGAUUACAACAGGAUCUAAGCAGCUGGAUACUUUGCUCGGAGGUGGCAUCGAAACAGGGUCAAUCACCGAGAUCUUCGGAGAGUUCAGAACCGGAAAGAGUCAAAUAUGUCAUACACUUGCGGUAACCUGUCAGUUGCCAUUCGAUAUGGGAGGUGGUGAAGGCAAGUGUCUCUAUAUCGAUACGGAGGGGACCUUCCGACCAGUCCGCUUGCUGGCUGUUGCUCAGCGAUUUGGGCUUGUUGGUGAAGAGGUGUUGGAUAAUGUGGCUUAUGCUCGAGCAUAUAACUCGGACCAUCAGCUUCAGCUACUUAACCAGGCGUCCCAGAUGAUGUGCGAGACUCGGUUUUCUCUUCUUGUCGUUGACUCCGCAACGUCACUGUACCGGACAGACUUCAAUGGCCGUGGUGAGUUGUCGUCUCGACAGACCCAUCUGGCCAAAUUCUUGCGUACGCUGCAACGUUUGGCCGAUGAAUUCGGUAUCGCAGUCGUCAUCACCAACCAGGUUGUUGCCCAGGUUGAUGGUGGACCGAGUGCGAUGUUCAACCCCGACCCGAAAAAACCAAUUGGUGGUAAUAUCAUUGCGCAUGCCAGUACGACCAGAUUGAGUUUGAAAAAGGGAAGAGGCGAAACGAGAGUAUGCAAGAUCUACGACAGUCCAUGUCUGCCCGAGAGUGACUGUCUCUUUGCCAUCAACGAGGAUGGUAUCGGGGACCCAAGCCCCAAGGACCUGGAGAACGACUAAUCGUAUCGCAGUAAUACUGCACUUCCUUACAUAUUACGAUAAUUGUGUGACGAGUUUUGUUUGUUAGCCACAUGUAUAUCUUUGAUUUUUAUGGCAUAUGGCAUCCUCGGUGGUGUCUAGAUUC